AGGUUCGAAGACGCGCGCCCGGCCAGGUUGCUCCGGCGCUCGCCGCCGCCGCCGCGCCGAGUCAACUCCGGAGAGCGACGAGCCCCGUCCGGCUUUCCCGAGAUCGCCGGGACGAAGAUCCCUCUUCCCUGCUUUCUCCAUCAUUUUGAACUUUUGCCUCUCAAAACUCUCUUUGUGUCGGGGAGGUUUUCCCCCCGGUGUGCGUUUGGUCGGUGUCGCGUUCUCGCUUUCCAAACACUGGAAAGAACGAAAGAAACUCAGAACAGAGUGGGACAAGAAGGAAGGAUCAGCAAAAUGAUGCUCCAGCAUCCGGGCCAGGUGCCUGCUUCCGAAGUCAGCGCAUCUGCCAUCGUUCCAUGCUUGUCCCCUCCAGGCUCACUGAUUUUUGAAGACUUCACAAAUCUCACUCCACUGGUGAAAGAAGAGUUAAGAUUUGCCAUUCAGAAUAAGUGCCUGUCCCACAGGAUGCCCUCCACGCUGGACACGGUUGUGGUUUCCAAUCGGCCCAGUGAAAUAUCCAUUUUAAAAGCAGAGUCUGCACCGGUGGAAGACGAGAGGAAAAGACGACGGAGGGAAAGAAACAAGAUUGCUGCAGCAAAAUGUCGGAAUAAAAAGAAGGAAAAAACUGAAUGUCUGCAGAAAGAAUCAGAAAAACUGGAAACAAUCAAUGCAGACCUGAAGGCGCAGAUUGAGGAGCUGAAGAAUGAGAAACAGCACUUGAUCUACAUGCUGAACCUCCACAGGCCUACAUGUAUCGUCCGAGCCCAGAAUGGUCGGACGCCAGAAGAUGAGAGGAAUCUCUUUAUUCAACAAAUCAAAGAAGGAACCUUGCAAGGCUAAGUGACAGUGAGCAGACAAUGUUCGAUAGCGCAGGCCUCUAAACAUCAGCAAAUGAACCCCUCCCCCGCAAACAUAGCACCCUAAGCCAGAAGCCAUAGAGAAGCUAUCUUGGUAUUUGUGGCCUCCUGUUAGUCACGACAAGGCAGAGGAGGUGACAUGUUGCGAAGAAGAGGAAGAGGAAGAGACUGUGUUAGCUUUGCUGUGAUUCUCACUCCUGAAAAGACUCAACGGAGUUGAAGAGAGGCCACUGCCUCUGCUUCAUGUUUAAGUAUCUGCCAUAGUUGCUAUUCCUAGAAGUUGUACUCAUGACUGCUAAAGACUUGUUAAGCCCUGUUGGCAUCCAGUUCUUGCACUUGAGUUAUUUCUGGUAGAAUACUAGGAUUUGGAAGGAGACACACAUCCAAUGGACUAUCAGGCUGUACGAGAGUCCUGCUCAUCUUUGAGCUGGAGAGGAAGUGUAGAUGGAGUAGUGUUGUUUCUCUCUGUUGAACCUUGUACUUUCAAAAAAAGAGAGAGGUUUGCAACUUUCAGGAUGCUGCCUGCAGUUCUGAAAGGCAUUGCACAAUAACGGGGAAUUACGAUGUUUCUACAACCUAGUGCAAUGUUCUCAACUGAGCGCCCUGCUUGGCUUUUUUGUUAUUGCUGUUUUCCACAGAAACCCUUCCGUGGGUUUUUUGAUGACUCAUGUUACCGGCGAGUUGGAGGAUGAUACGGCAGGCAUUAGUUCCUUGCAGAAACGUUUAUUGAACCACGUCUGAAUUUACCAAAUGAAGAUGGUAUGCCUUUCCACAGGUUUCUUUUAAUAAGGGGUAUUCCCCCUUUGAGAACCCAAGUCAUGAGUCAUAUGUGCAGUAUUCAAAGGAACCUUACAGUGUACAAACCAAGGACAUGACCAACAGAGACGUGAAAUUCAAGGCGCUCUUUGGUUUGUGGUUUGGCAUAUCUCCGACCCUCAGCUUGCAAAUAGUUCCUUGGCAUCACUAUUUUUCUGAGCAAGAAACCAUUGUGGCUAUGCAUUUACUGAUAUUAAUUACUGUAUAUGUGUUGUCAUAUAUACACAGAAUUGGCCAAUGA